UAAAAGUUAAUUUAUUUUUUGCUAAUUGUAUUGUAGCUUCCUUUAUAGGAAAAUAUAUAUUAAUCGUAACUCUGUUAAUGUUGGUAAAUGCGAUAAUAGCUACAGUAACAUCACAGCAAAAUCAGAGCUUGUGCGUCACUGAUAGAGAUAUGAAAAGGUUUAUAACUGUAUUAAAUUGCCUUCUUGCCCUCACUGAAAGCAUGCCAACAGCUGCCUGGAAGUAGUUGUGAUUUCGUGUUAGACAGCCCUGCAGAAAGUUUCCCUCGCCAUAAAAAAAGUCCAAAGAUCAGGGAGGUGCAGAGAAGAACAAAUACACUGAGUGGAGAGCAGCGUCCGUCCAGUCUUCUCUACCAACAGAGCUGCACCACCGCUCCCUCCGACAGCAGGUGUGAAGGCGCCACCAUGGAGGUGAAAAGUAUCCUGAAGUCUGCUAGAAGAGUGAGCAUGCUGAAGAUGGGUGACAGCAGCACACAGAGCAGCUCCAUCGGGGCCGUGCGCUGGAACCUGCCCGAGGAGGACGUCCAGAUUCACAGCUCGGCCCCCAGCGGAACCACCAACAACCUCACCAAAAACUCACAGCAACAUCCUCGUCAGAACAGCCUGAAGGAUCUACGCAGCCUGCAGGAGUGUGUGCAGUUCAUCCAUCACUGGAAGGAGCAAGUGGACCAAGUCUGCAAGCAGGGCAGUGGCGAUCCAGGGGAGGGUACCAGUAAGACAGAAGCCCAGAGUUCAGACCGGCGUAGUGAGCGCAGUCUUGAGGAGAGCAGGAAACUGAUCCUGGAAUGGGCUGACGAACUCCACCAUGUCGACAAGAGCAAAAAUAUCAAUUUUAACUUACUGACUUUGUGUCCUCAGCUCCUGAAGGAGAUGCCCUCGGUAUCCGAUAGUCAAGAAAAUAAUAAAGAUGCCAGCGAGGAGGCCCAACUGCAGAUCAUGGAGUGGGCGAAGGAGCUGCAGACGGCGACUGAGAGUUGUGGUGUGCAGAGUGAAGAGCUGGGUAAAGUGUUGCGCUCCCUGGGCCUGAAGAAAAAACGUCUGGUCAACCUGCUGCCUCUGAUGGAGUUUAUCACCUGGUCUCUGCUCAAAGAAGACAGCACGAGAAAGAUUUCACAAUUGUGGUUACUGGCAAAGCAAAGGACCUGGGAAGCUGGAAUUCCAAGAUACAUCCCCAACUCAGUUUGGAGUUGGAUUUCCAGCGCAGCAGCUGAUGUGAUUCUGGACCCCAAGACCAACCACCCCUGGCUGAAGCUGUCAGAGAACCAGCGUACGGUCCAGGAGGGCCGCUCAGAGUCCGACGUGCCUUACAACUCCCAGCGCUUCGACAGCUGGCCCUGCGUGCUGGGCUGGGAGGGCUACAACAGUGGCCGCCACUACUGGGAGGUGGAAAUAGCCUUCAACGGCUGCUGGCGCCUGGGACUAACCACCGCCAACUCUAAGCGACAAGGUCGCUUCCCCAUGACCCCAAAGCUUGGAUACUGGGCCCUGUGGCGCAGCACAAGCCAUUUUUAUGCAUGCACCAAACCAGAGACCACGCUUCCUGUCAGCCUCGUGCCUCAACGUGUAGGCAUCUACUUGGACUACGAAGAGGGCCAGAUCUCCUUCUACAAUGCAGAAACAAAGUCUCACAUCUACACCUUCACUGGAAGCUUCCGAGGGAAGCUGUAUCCUCUGUUCGCCCCGCUCGAUGGCCGCACACGCAUGACAAUCCAGCAGACAGACACUGAGAUAUAUGAGCUUUAACAACUCUCACUGGAUGCUUAGAAAAAUUAACUUUGACUGGAACAAAAAAAAAAAAAAAAACAACAAAAA